AUUUGAGUGUACACCCGGAAGUGAGUGCAAGCUGGCCGGCUCACCCCCAGGGGCCAUGGCGGCGGCUGAAACGGCGGCCGAGGGGGUCCUGGGUCGCGGCCCUCCCGGGGAAGUGAUUCAUCUGAACGUAGGAGGCAAGAGAUUCAGUACCUCCCGCCAAACGCUCACCUGGAUCCCAGACUCCUUCUUUUCCAGUCUUCUGAGCGGACGCAUCUCGACUCUGAAAGAUGAGACUGGGGCUAUCUUCAUCGACAGGGACCCCACCGUCUUUGCCCCCAUCCUCAACUUCCUACGCACCAAAGAAUUGGACCCCAGGGGUGUCCACGGUUCCAGUCUCCUUCAUGAAGCCCAGUUCUAUGGGCUCACUCCACUAGUUCGUCGUCUACAGCUGAGGGAGGAGUUGGAUCGAUCUUCCUGUGGAAAUGUCCUCUUCAAUGGUUAUCUACCUCCACCAGUGUUCCCAGUGAAGCGCCGAAACCGACAUAGCCUGGUGGGGCCCCAGCAGGGUGGGGUACGCCCAGCCCCUGUACGUCGAAGCAACACAAUGCCCCCCAAUCUGGGAAAUGCAGGGCUGCUGGGUCGAAUGCUGGAUGAGCGAGGCCCUUCUCCACCAUCAGGACAACCGGAGGAACCUGGGAUGGUGCGAUUGGUGUGCGGUCACCACAACUGGAUUGCUGUGGCCUAUGCCCAGUUUCUUGUCUGCUAUAGGCUGAAGGAAGCCUCUGGCUGGCAGCUGGUAUUUUCUAGUCCCCGCCUAGACUGGCCCAUCGAACGCUUGGCACUAACGGCCCGUGUACCUGGUGGAGCACUGGGGGAGCAUGACAAGAUGGUGGCCGUGGCCACAGGCAACGAGAUCCUGCUGUGGGCUCUGCAGGCGGAAGGCGGAGGCUCUGAGAUAGGAGUCUUCCAUCUGGGUGUGCCUGUGGAGGCCUUGUUCUUCGUGGGGAACCAACUCAUCGCCACAAGCCACACGGGGCGCAUUGGGGUGUGGAAUGCUGUCACCAAGCACUGGCAGGUCCAAGAGGUGCAGCCAAUUACCAGCUAUGAUGCAGCUGGCUCUUUCCUCCUCCUGGGCUGCAGCAAUGGCUCCAUCUACUAUGUGGAUGUACAGAAGUUUCCGCUACGCAUGAAGGACAAUGACCUCCUUGUCAGCGAACUCUACCGGGACCCUGCGGAGGAUGGGGUCACCGCCCUCAGUGUCUACCUCACCCCCAAGACCAGUGACAGUGGGAACUGGAUUGAGAUUGCCUAUGGCACCAGUUCGGGGGGUGUACGAGUCAUUGUGCAGCACCCUGAGACCGUGGGCUCGGGGCCCCAGCUCUUCCAGACCUUCACUGUGCAUCGUAGCCCUGUCAUCAAGAUCAUGCUGUCUGAGAAGCACCUCAUUUCAGUCUGUGCUGACAACAACCACGUGCGGACGUGGUCUGUGACCCGCUUCCGUGGCAUGAUCUCCACACAGCCAGGCUCCACGCCCCUGGCAUCCUUCAAGAUCCUAGCUCUGGAGUCAGCUGAUGGGCAUGGAGGCUGCAGUGCUGGCAAUGACAUUGGCCCCUAUGGUGAGCGAGAUGACCAGCAGGUGUUCAUUCAGAAGGUGGUGCCCAGUGCCAGCCAGCUCUUCGUGCGUCUUUCAGCCACUGGGCAGCGGGUGUGCUCCGUGCGCUCCGUGGAUGGCUCCGCCACGACCGCCUUCACCGUGCUGGAGUGCGAGGGAUCCCGGCGACUGGGCUCCAGACCCCGGCGUUACCUGCUCACUGGGCAGGCUAAUGGCAGCCUGGCCAUGUGGGAUCUGACCACAGCCAUGGAUGGCCUUGGCCAGGCACCUGCAGGUGGUCUGACGGAGGAAGAGUUAAUGGGACAGUUGGAGCAGUGUGAGCUGGCCCCGCUGGCUUCCUCCCGGGCCUCCCUCCCCAGCCCCUCACCCCGGACCUCACUUACCAGUCUCCACUCAGCCUCCAGCAACACCUCACUGUGUGGCCGCCAUGGGAGCCCCAGCCCCCCACAAGCAGAGAUCCGGCGCCGAGGGGGAGGCAGCUUUGUGGAAAGAUGCCAGGAACUGGUACGGAGCGUGCCAGAGCCCCGGCGGCCACCCACACCAGCCCCUCGGCCCUCGGCGGGUCUUGGGACACCCCUUGCAUCUCCCAAGAAGAAACUCAACGAAACUUCCUUUUAAACCCAGCUUGCCAAGGUGCCUUUGGAUACUCUGCUCCCAGGGGACUCAGGUGCCCCCCCCCCCC